AUGCAGAUGCAGAUGACCGACAUCGACUGGCGGUUGCCCAUCGCCGAAAAGAUGGAGGAAAAGGAGGCGCAGAAGCAGCUGCAGACUGCGCUCCACAAGAAGUUCGAAAGCCUGGUCGUCGCCAGCAACGUCCUCAAGGCCGUUGAGAAGUUCAAGGGCCUCCUGCACCACCGCGAAACGGAGGAGCUGCCGCCGGAGGAGAAGAAGCGGCGCAAGGCGGAGGCGGCGGACGUGCUGUCCCGCACGUCGCCCUUCAGCUUCCUCCCUGGCGCCGUACGGUGGCGGCUAGCCGCCAAGGCCCAGCGUCUCGUCUUCAAAGAGGGAGACGUCAUCACGAGACAGAAAUCCAGGGACCGCCAGGUGUACCUGCUGUGCACCGGCCAAGUGAUGGCCAUCGACGUGUCCGAGUCUCUGCCGCGCUUCCUCCAAUACUACAGUGCCCCGGCCUACUUCGGGGAAUGGGAGUGUCUGUUCGAUGUGCCCGAGCGGGUGGCGGAGCUUCUUGCAGGCAGCGAGUCAGUGGUCUACGUGCUUCAGGAGCAGGAAUUCCUCGAUCUACUCUCCUACCAGAGCUUCAAGUACGUGCUCAUCCGCACUCUGCGCAACAAGCAAAAGCUCUUUUCGUCGAUCAAUGCCUUCAUCACGCACAUCGCCGACUCCGUCACCACCAAGCGCAUGGACUUCACCGCCACCCUUGCACUUUACCGCAAGCUCAAGCCAGCCAUACACGGCAAGAUGGACCGCGACGAAAUCGACACCGGCGGCUGGGCCUAUGCCAUACGACGAUUGCCGGAGAACGUGACCCAGACGUUCGUGUUUCUGCUGUCGUCAUCGAUCCCCGACAUCUACCUGCAUCCCGGCCUGCUCGUCAACAUGGUGCCGACUGUGGGCCGACGGCGGGCGGUGUUCCGAUUGGGCGACGGCAAGUCGCUGAUGCUCAUCCGCGAGGACUACACCGACGUGAUCGACUUCCUCUCCAUGCUGUGUCUGCACGCUCUCGAGGCCCGCAAGCUGCGUCAGCGCAUCGCCUCGCCGCAGUCGUUCCGGAUCAUUCAGGACUUUGUUCACGCCCUCGAGCAACGCGAGCAGGAGAAGCGCGUCCAGCGUCAGCAGCGCAUCGAAGACUUUCACCGCCACCAGACCCACGAAAAGAAGCACGAGAAGGACCACACCGCCGCCGCCGCCGCCGCUGCCUCCGCCGCUGCCUCUGCCGCCAGCACUCUGUCGCCGCAGAAGCCAAAGGUGAAGCCGAAGCUUCACGGACACGACAAGCACCGGUCGGUGAGCACGCCCGGCCACGGGACUACGAAGAAGGACGAGGAGGAGCUCGGGCAGGGCUUCCCGCCGUCGCCCUACGGCUUCCUCGACAAGAAGGAGACGCCGCAGGAGCAGGACGCCAUCCUCUCCCAGCUGUCGCUGAGCGAGAAGGAGAAGGCGGGCUUGAAGGCCAUGUGGCCCGACGAUCUCAUCCACCGAAUCUGGGACAUGAUCAUUCACCACGAGGACUACAACAUCUCAGUCAAUCUCUCGACGCAUUGGGCCUCCGACGCCACCGAGCGCUGGUAUAGGCCAAACCACCAUCCCCAGCCCCGCGAGGAGGUCGUGCGGCUGAUCGGACCCUUCGACUCCCACACCGCCGUGCAGGGCGAGAAGAUCAACCUCCACUGCUCCAAGUACGCUUCGAGGCUGACGGCUCUGGAUGCUAGGUACCUGGAGAACGAGGACUACGCUGCGCGGAGGAGCAGCCCCCGGGAGCCGCGGGACAAGGCCAAAGACAAGAAGACGAAGAAUAAGGCCCACGACGACGAUAACAAGCCACACGCCGCCGUCGACGAUGUCAGCGACGACGACGACGAGGAGGAGGAGUGCGAGGUCGAGGUGGACAUCAUCAGCAGCAACACGCACUCGGUGAUCAACUGCCUGUCGCCCUACCUGCACCGCAAGAAACCGGAGAUCAUGGCCUGGGUGGCCCGGGAGAAGCCCGUCCCGCACAUCGACCAGCUCAACCUCAACGAGGACGACAAGUUCUACGUCCUGUCCUACUACUACUUCAAGGCCUUCCCCGACCUCAUGCUCGAGCGCGAGGAGGAGGAGAAGAAGUCCGGCCUCGUCACCGUCAAGGAAACCGAAUUCACCGGCAUUCAGGUGAAUCUGAUCGAUCUGUCGAAGCUGAACCCGGAGUGCAUUGACUCGUCGCUGCGGGACUACGUGGGCCAGCGCCAGGAGCAGCAGCCAGGCGCCAAGAAGAAGCGCCGGCUUCUGGUCAACAUCGACUACGCGUUCGGCCGGCAGGCGGGCGACGUCCUGUGCUGCCUCAUCCUGCUCUUCGGCCACGCCAUCCGCUCCGUCAACGUGCUUGGCAAGGCCGGAGGGCUGCAGGGAAAGCGAGGCGACAUCAUCCUGGCGACCCACCUCAUCCUCCAGGAGGACGACUCGGUCACCGAGAUCCGCAACGAGGGCCUCUCCGUACAGAGCCUUCGCGCCCUGGCCGGCGGCCGCGACGUGUGGCCCGGCGGUGUGUUGACGGUGCCGGGCACGCUGCUGCAGGACAGGAAUCUGCUGCACUUCUACCAGCGGCUGUGGAGCUGCGUGAGCCUGGAGAUGGAGGGCAGCUACUACGCGGGCCAGGUCAACAAGUACAAGAAGCUGGCCUUCCUGCGGGACGACCUGGCCAUGCGCUUCAUCUACUUCGUGAGCGACCUCCCGCUCCACACCGACUCCAACCUCUCCCAGGCCAUGCGCGUCGACGAGGGCCUCCCGCCGCUCUACGCCACCACCCGCGCCGUUCUCCAGCAGAUCCUCCGCUAA